AAGAACGCCAUCUAUAUAUUCUAUCCCCAACCCUAACUCUCGUACUACUCCGGAUCGCGAUCUCCUUCCCUGCCUGCUCUCUCUCCGGCGGAAGCAACAAGCAUCGACGUGUGGUCGAUCCACUUCAAGAACAAUGAACAUCUUUGUCAAGAACCCCACCGGUAGAACCAUCCGGGUCUGGGUGCACCCAUCAGACACCUUCCGUUCCGUCAAUGAGAAGAUAUCCAGAAGCGGUAUCACCUCAUCUUCAAUGGGGUGCAGCUAGAGGAUGACAGUACAUUGGCCGAUUACAACAUCCAGCAGGACUCCACUAUUGACCUUGAAGAGAAGACGCAGAUCUACGUGAUGGAGACACUGAUGGGCAGGAUCAUCAACAACCUUGACGUUGACAUCCUAGACACUAUCGACCGUGUGAAGGCCAAGAUCUAUGCCCUCCAGGGCUUCCCCAUAGAUCAGCAGUGCCUCAUCUUCGCUGGCAGGCGCCUAGAAAACGGGAACCGCACCUUGGCAGACCACAACAUCUGCAAGGAGUCCACAAUACUCCUUGUCCUCCACCCGUGUAUUCCGAGAGGAGACAUGAUCCAGAUCUUCGUGAAGGUGCUGACUGGGAAGACCAUCACUCUCGAGGUUGGGAGCUUGGACACCAUUGAUAGCGUCAAGGUGAAGAUCUAUGAGAGGAACUACGCCCCUUUCCCGAAGGAGCAACGCCUCAUCUUUGCUGCCAGGCAGCUGGAGAGUGGCACCUUGGCGGACUACAAGGUUCAUGAGGAGUGCACCCUUCAUUUGUGUCUACGUCUUCGUGGUGGUUGAGAUGGAUGGAUGGCCGUGGCAACCACUAGUUUUAUUUUGCUGGAGUCUUCCUUCCGGGUGAAAUUUGUGGUGUGUUUGUGACUUAUGAGUAAAACUAACAUUCUAGUGUGUUAGAAUAUCUUGCUCCAGUCUUGUUGCUUUCAAGUAGGGAUG